GAAAUUAGGAGCCGAUUCUCUUCAAGAGUUUCUUGAAUCAAUCAUCAAUCAACAAUGGCUUCUCAAGGGUCACAGCCCAUCAGCCUGAAGGUUCUGAUCGACAAGAAGAACAACAAAAUAGUAAUGGCUGAAGCUAACGGUGACUUUGUGGACAUUCUUUUCAGCUUCUUGACUAUGCCCAUGGGAACCAUAGUGAGACUCAUCAGCAAACAGGCACAGCCGGGCAUUAUUGGAUCCCUGACCAGUCUAUACAAAGAGGUGGAGAAUCUUGAGGAGCAGCUUCUGCAGACUGACGCAUGUAAGUCUAUGCUACUUCAUCCAAUGAAUCCUUUUGAAACUCAGUGCAGGAGACUGAAAGUGAACAUAGAUGAUACAAAGUCCAAGUACUAUAUUUGUGCUAAUUUGAUCAAAUGCCUCCGACACUGGAGCAUCGGUUAUUAUAGUACUUUCAAGAAUGCUACGUGCGGUAAUUGCCGUAAAAAGAUGGACAAGGAUAUAUACAUGGAAAAAGAAGAUAUGGCUGCAAAUCCUAGUCAAGGAGAUGGAGGAGUGUUUGUUUAUGGACUGACCAAGUUCAUGGUAACCGACGAUUUGCAGGUAGAGCCCAUGUCUCCGGCUGCUACCUUGACACUGUUGCACAAACUUGGGAUCAAAGACAUGAGUUCCCUCCAAGAGACUACACUGAGUAUUGGCUCAGAAGAGAUCAUGAAUCUGCUCAAGGGAUUGUUAUUCUCCAAGAUACCACUGACAGAUGUGCUUCUUAGAAAGAAAGAAUUUGCAUCUGAUGGCCUAAAAUUUGAGAUAGGAGAUGCAGUGCAGUCUAAGAGUGAAGGAUCUCCACUAGAUAUGACUAUGAAGUUAACAAUAAGUAAGUCAAUGAACAAAGCAUUAUAUGCUGAAGUUGGGGAAGACAUGGGUAACUUCCUCCUCAGCUUCCUUACCUUGCCUCUUGGAUCCAUUUUACAGCUCUUGGGUGGGAAUUCAUCACUGGGAUCCAUGGACAAUCUGUACAAGAGCGUGGAAUGUUCAAAAGUUACAAGGGCUGAUAGUCUAAGGGACCUGCUGCUGCACCCUGGCCUGUAUCGUGGUUCCUACAACCCAACAGGAGUAAAUGAAAUUGAUCUGCCUGAUUACUUGUGGUGUACAAGUUUUAAAAAUACACAGAAUAAAGAUGAUGACCCUUACACUGUCUACCUGACUACUAAGGGGCAGUCCAAACGUGGUCGUACAGGUGAACGUCAUACAAAAUUAUUGAAGUCUUCAACAAGUGAAACAGCAGGUCAAGGAGGAUUUCUCAAGGGACCGGCAACUUUCAUAGUAACAGACAAUUUGGUUUUCACUCCACUAGUCUCUAUGUGGACUCUCGCCUUUCUUAAAAGCAUGAAGGUUACCCUAGAUGACUUGGAGGUUCGGAUGGUUAGUAUGGACAGGGAGAAGGCUUUGAGGCUAUUGAAGGCUUCUCUCGUCUCCAAAGCGGUACUGACAGAUGUCUUCCUCAACUUUGGCCUAAAGACUCCCAAGCAAGAAAGUAAACCUUGAUAAGGACAUCAUGGGAGUUCAGUGACCUCUGAAAUAAGGGUUGUUUUAUUUAAUUGACUUGCUCAUAAAAUGUAGACUUGUGUUUAUCAUCGAUGUUCCCCUUAUGGAACAGCAUA